GCCGUCAUCCAUCGAUAAAGAAGAAGAAUGAAACUUUGUUGGUGACCCGGCAUGUGCAUCAUCAUCACGUCGUAAGGCCACAGGACAUGUGUCUAGCUGAUGUAAAUCUUACUGGAUAGAAAAAGGGCACGCUUUUAGCUACUUUAUUUCCAGUACUUUGCAGUUAAAGCAGCGAAAUGCCCAAGAAAGUGAAAGAGGAAGCAGAGUGGGUGGGCGAUGAAGUCGCGGCCCCUGCAGCAGCAGAUAAAACUGUGAAAAAGGGGAAGAAAGACAAAACAGGGAAGAAGAGUUUCUUUGAGGAACUCGCCACAGAAAGCAUACCUGAAAAGGCAGAUGAGGUGGCUGUGAAAGACACACGGGGAAAACAGCCUCAGAAAAAGAAGAAAGACCGGCGGAAAGGAAAAGGUGGAGAUGUAGAUGAGGACGAGGAGGAGGACGUCAUGCUGAAGCUGAAAAAGCUUUCUGUGCAAGCAAGUGAUGAGGAAGAUGAACCAGCCAUCAUCCCCAGUAAAGGAAAAAAGAAUAAGGGUGGAAACAUCUUUGCUGCUCUCAGCCAGGGCCAGAGCGAUGAUGAGGACGAAGAUGAGGAGGAUGAUUUAGAUGAAGAAGAUAAACCAUCAAUAAAGGAGGUUAAGAAGGACAAGAAAAAGGACAAACCUAUUCCCAAGAAGGCAAAGGCUGUAUCUUAUGAGGAGGAUGAGGUAGAGAAGGACGAUGGUGACGAGAAAACCAAAAAGAAGAAGAAAGCAGAAGCAAAGUCCAAGUCGCCAGAAACUGAUGAGAGUGAGAAGCCAAAGAAGGGGAAGAAAGAACCCAAGAAAGGAAAACCUGCUGAGCGAUCACACACUGAGGGUGAAGAUGAGGCGGAAGAUGAAGAGAGUGACGGAGGUGACAUGAUGAUGAGUGCUGAGGAUGUCAUUGCUGAACAGGCCAAACAGAAGGAAGAUGACCCAUUUGCUAAUCUAAGCAAAAAGGAGAAGAAGAAGAAAAAGAAAAUGAUGGAGUAUGAACGUCAGGUGGCCAGUGUUCGUGCUCAGAAUGCCUUGGAGGGAGAUUUCUCCAUUUCCCAGGCUGAGAUGUCCUCCAGACAGGCCAUGCUGGAGAAUGCCUCUGAUAUCAAGCUGGAGAGGUUCAGCAUUUCUGCUCAUGGCAAGGAGCUUUUCGUCAACGCUGACCUUCUGAUUGUGGCAGGAAGAAGAUAUGGUUUAGUUGGACCAAAUGGCAAAGGAAAGACCACAUUACUGAAACACAUAGCCAACAGAGCUCUUAGUAUUCCCCCCAACAUUGAUGUUCUGCUGUGUGAACAGGAGGUGGUGGCUGAUGACACGCCAGCAGUGCAGGCAGUGUUAAAGGCAGACACCCGGCGUCUGAAGCUUCUGGAGGAGGAAAGACAGCUCCAGGCUCGUCUGGAGAAGGGAGAGGACAAUGUGGCUGAGAGACUGGAUAAGGUCUAUGAAGAGCUGAGGGCAAUUGGAGCUGCAGCAGCUGAGGCCAAGGCAAGAAGGAUCCUGGCUGGUCUGUCAUUUACCCCUGAGAUGCAGAACAGACCCACCAAGAGGUUCUCUGGAGGAUGGAGAAUGAGAGUCUCCCUGGCCAGAGCUCUGUUCAUGGAACCCACUCUACUGAUGCUGGACGAACCCACCAACCACCUGGACCUAAACGCCGUCAUCUGGCUCAACAACUACCUUCAGGGCUGGAAGAAAACUCUCCUCAUCGUUUCCCACGACCAGAGUUUCCUUGAUGAUGUGUGUACAGAUAUCAUCCACUUAGACAACCAGAAACUCUACUACUACAGAGGGAACUACUUGACCUUCAAGAAGAUGUAUGUGCAGAAGCAGAAAGAACUUCAGAAACAAUACGACAAGCAGGAAAAAAAACUAAAAGAUCUGAAGGCUGGUGGCAAGUCCACCAAACAGGCUGAGAAACAAACUAAGGAUGCCCUGACCAGAAAGCAGCAAAAAGGCAAGAAGAAGGGAGGUCAGGAGGAGGAGAGCCAGGAUGCCACAGAGCUGCUGAAGAGGCCUAAAGAGUACACUGUCAAGUUCACCUUCCCAAACCCACCUCCUCUCUCACCACCCAUACUGGGACUUCACAGUGUUGACUUCUGCUAUGACAGCCAGAAGCCACUAUUCAGAAACGUGGACUUUGGAAUUGACAUGGAGUCGAGGAUUUGUAUAGUUGGACCCAAUGGUGUUGGGAAGAGUACCCUGCUGCUGCUGCUCACUGGGAAGAUAAAUCCUACCAAAGGUGAGAUGAGGAAGAAUCAUCGUCUGAAAGUGGGUUUCUUCAACCAGCAGUAUGCUGAUCAGUUGAACAUGGAGGAGACCGCCACAGAGUACCUGAUGAGGAACUUCAACCUUCCCUACCAGGAUGGCAGGAAGUGCUUGGGACGUUUCGGCCUGGAGAGCCAUGCCCACACCAUUCAGAUCUCCAAACUCUCUGGUGGCCAAAAGGCCAGAGUGGUGUUUGCAGAGCUGGCCUGUCGUCAGCCUGAUGUACUGAUCUUGGAUGAGCCCACCAACAACUUGGACAUUGAGUCAAUUGAUGCCUUAUCGGAGGCCAUCAAUGAAUACAAAGGAGCUGUGAUUAUUGUGAGCCACGAUGCCCGGCUCAUCACGGAAACUCAGUGUCAGCUGUGGGUUGUAGAGGACCGCUCGAUUAACCAGAUCGAUGGAGACUUUGAUGAUUACAAGCGGGAGGUGCUGGAGUCCUUGGGAGAGACCAUGGUCAACAAGGUCAACCCAUGAUCACAAUGAGCCGCUGUCAGGACACAUUACAGAAUGACAGUGUCUAUCAGUCAUAUGCUAACUUUGCUCCAUCUGGACCGGUCAGCAUGUCUCACAAAGUAACAUUAAUAACAAAAAAUGUUGAUUUCUUCUGGAUGGUCUUUAAAAGGUUGAAUGUCAGAUACUGCAGUGUUGAUCCUACUAUUAAUUUCCAUAAAUAUAGAGAGAGGUGAAAAUGUCUGGAUUAUGAAUGGUGGUUGUGAACUACUAAAGUGAAACAAUAAAAUAAAUACACGUUU